AUGUUGAAAUUUGGCAAGGGUAAGAGAGCGAGAGAGGACGAUGACGAAGGCGAUGAAGCUGGUGGUGGUUUUGGUGGGUUUGAGAAGCACAGCAAAGGGAUUGGCAUGAAGUUGUUGCAGAAAAUGGGGUACAAAGGCGGUGGACUUGGCAAGAAUGCGCAAGGGAUUCUCUCUCCGAUCGAGCCCAAACUUCGCCCCAAGAACAUGGGUAUGGGGUUCAACGAGACAGAAGAGGAGAAUAAGAAGAAGAAGAUGGGUUUGUUGGGCAGUGACUGUGAGGGUGUAGAGAGAGUGAAGGAGAAGCAGCGGUUGUGGUGGUGGUCGUCGACGACGACGACGACGACGACGAAGAAGAAGAAGGAGGAGGUGGAGGACGAGGAUGAAGAGGAGGAGAAGGGGUCGUCAGUGGUGGUUCAGAUGGUGUAUGAUAUGAGAGGACCGGAGGUUCGGUUGCUGACAAAUUUGGAGAAUUUGAAGAACGAAGUUCCAAUACCGGAGCUUCAGUACAAUGUGAGGCUUGUUGUGGACUCGGUGGAGUUUGAAAUGGAGAGAAGUGAUAGGGAUUUGAGAAGCGAGGAAGCUACAUUGGAGAGGUUGAAGGAGGAGAAGGAGAGGUUGGUAGUUCUGGCUGAGAGGCAGAGGAAGCAGUUGUACAGUAUGGGAGAGAUAUUGAGUGUGCCCGAUCAAUUGGAGGAGGAAGAGGAUUCGAAAUUGGACUCGCUCGCGGUCGCGGAGCAAUUCAUUGAGUUGAGGAGUAGAUUUCCUGAGGACUUCAAGUUGUAUAACCUGUCUUGCAUUGCCUGCUCAUAUGCUCUGCCUUUGUUUAUUAGAGAGUUUCAGGGAUGGGAUCCUCUUCAGAACCCGUUUCACGGGUUAGAGGCUGUGACUUUGUGGAAGAGUUUACUAGAGAGUGAUCAAGAGUUUACUGCUUCCCCUUAUUCCCAGUUGAUAUCCCAUGUUGUUUUACCAGCUGUGAGAGUUUCUGUCAUCAAUACUUGGCAGGCUAGGGACCCUGAGCCAAUGCUACGGUUUUUGGAUUUCUGGGAAAAUUUGUUACCUCCUUCGGUCCUCAAUUAUAUAUUUGAUAAUAUUGUGAUGCCGAAGUUGAGUAGUGCAGUUGGCUGUCGGGAACCGUUAUGCGAAACUGUUCCAAUCCACAUUUGGGUGCAUCCGUGGUUACAAUAUUUGGGGCACAAAUUGGAAGGUAUUUUCGAGAUUAUACGUGUUAAGUUGAGUCAAGUUCUUGUUGCUUGGCACCCAAGUGAUGCAUCUGCUUAUACUCUAUUGGCACCUUGGAAGACUUUGUUUGAUUCAGCAAGUUGGGAACGCCUUAUGGUUAGAUCUAUAGUUCCAAAGUUGCAGCUUAUUCUGCAGGAGUUUGAAAUAAACCCAACAAACCAGAAGCUUGAUGAGUUUUAUUGGGUUAUGAAGUGGGCUUCUGAAAUACCAAUUCAUCUAAUGGUUGAUAUGAUGGAAAGGUUCUUUUUUGCCAAGUGGUUACAGGUCUUAUAUCAUUGGUUAAAUGCUAGCCCAAACUUUGAGGAGAUAACAAUAUGGCAUUUGGGUUGGAAGGAACUUCUUCCAAAGGAGCUUCUAGCAAAUGCAAGUAUCCGGUAUCAGCUUAGUCGUGGUCUUAAGAUGAUGAACCAGGUUGUUGAAGGUUUGGAAGUGGUCCAACCUGGUUUGGAAGAGAACAUUGGCUAUUUUAGGGUAGCUGAGCAAAGGCAAUUUGAGGCUCCACAGAAAGCAGAAACACAAGAAGCUGCCAUGAGUUUUCGCAUGGAUGAUAUGAGUGUUAAGGAAGUUAUUGAAGCCCAUGCCCAACAACACAGCUUACUAUUCAAGCCUAAACCAGGCCGGAGGCAUAAUGGUCACCAGAUCUAUGCCUUUGGUAAUUUGAGUGUGAUAAUUGAUGCUCUAAAUCAAAAGGUGUAUGCUCAAACUGAGGAAGGGUGGUCCCUUGUUUCCCUUCAAGACUUAGUGGACAAGCACCAUAGUUCUCUUUCCUAGGGACGUUGAGCUCUGUGCUGAGAUGGAAGAGUGUUAUGGUUUUUGGACUAUAUUCAUUAGGCAUAGAUUCACAGGUUAGCUCGACCUAAUUGUUUCAGCUUGUCAUGGCUGGGAUUUUUGUUAGAAGAAUGGAUAUUGAGAAUUUUAAUUGUCAUUGUCAUUACCAUAGUUUUCCAAUUUGAUUUUCUCUUGUAUCAACAUUUUCUCAAUAUUUGAGCCACA